ACAGUAUUCAUAUAUAAUUAUGUCAUCAGUGACAGAGACUCUGUGUUACCAUAGUUACAUAUUCCCAUAAUACUCAACAGCAUGCUGAUAAUAGCUGCACAAAACUUGUAUUAAACUGGUGGUGACUUCUACAACUCAACCAAGAAUACAGUAUAUAAGCAAAUUUUGUCAUGGCAACCCCAUCAAACUACUGUGUCAAGGAUGUUGCGAUGUUAACAGAACCCGAGAUUGAAACAAGAGCAGCUAGUGAUGCACCCUUCUUCAAGAUUGGAGUUGAAGUUAAGGGGGAGGAGUAUCUGUGUUAUGUGAGCUCUGACAACAAUGGUCUGAUGUGCCCCCCGAAAACAGACAACUGCAAGAGUCCCUCUGUUGUGAUGAACAUGGUCAAGUUAGAGAAGCAGGGAGACAGCGAUCAACACGGCUAUGUUAUCACAAACCCUGUGGUCAAAGAUACCUACCUCAAAGUCAUCACUGACGAAACUUUAGGAUCGAGAGCUGUGAGGUUUGAUAAGAAGUCAGGAGAGGUGUUUUACCAAAGCCAGUUGUUCAAGCUUCGCAAGAAUACAAGCUCUGAUUCAGAAACAAAGUUUGCUCUCUACACAACUGCAAUCAACAGCAAAGGCAACAGCGUGAUCUACUACCUGAAGCCCGAGUCAGGUACCAUUGUGGCUGAAGAGAGCAGCUCACCAGACAACUACGACUGCUUCUGGUUCGGUCGUCGCAAUAUUAAUUUUGAAAAACGACCCACUUAUGGACCAUCACUCACAGCUUCAGAGCUGACUCAACUCUUGCAAUCUUCACCGACUGUUCAAGUUGUCAUACAAAUUGCUUCUAGUGAAUUCUUCCUAAAAACGGAUACUCGUAAUGACACACUCUUUGAUAGCUCGACUGUUCUUAAUAAUACCCUCCCAAUUCCCCUCAGCUGUAUACUGACAUUCACGUCCCCUACUGUAAGAGUUACACAACCUCGUACAUUCACAUGUACCAGCCAAGUUCUGAAUUUGCAUCAUUUGAAUACAACAAAUGCAGCAGUAUUGUUUCAAGAGGUCCAUCCUCCAACAUUUCAAUUUGAAGAAGCGCCAUCACGGUCACCGUACGAUAUGAUCAUCUAUGAGCCUGGCGCUAGUCCUGUUGGUGGUAAUAACUUUCUGACAUUGGUCAACAAUCCACAGGAAAAUCCAUUGAAAAAUGUCACAGCAACUACAGAGAAAAGAUUGGCAACAUGGUUUGUUGUUUAUCAAGUGUUAGCCUAACAUGAUGCUGCUGUAAUGUAGUUACUGUAGUUACGGCACUGUACAUGACUGUUAUAAACAUAAUUAAUUUUAUUAUAAUUAUAGUCAUAUUGAACUGCUGUAAAUUGUAGAAGAUAUAAAUGGAUCUAGUGAAUAUUUUUUGCCCCAGAUAAUUAGCUGACUACAAAAUAUGAUUAUUUUGAUUGGUAUAUAUACUUUAUAAAUUAUAGUUAUUCUUCA